AUGCACAUGCUCAUGGCGGCGGCUGACAGCGCCGUCCCAGACGUCGACGAUCACGCGCUCAGCGAUGUGGGCCUUCAAGUCGCCGUCGCGCGCCGCGCGCGCCGAGUCCAGCGACGCGUUGUCGAGGCCAUCGUCAACGAGGUCGAGACGAUGCACCAGCGCGCCGUGCGUCACGCCAGCCAGUUCCUUCUCGCCGCCCUCGCGCCCGCGCUGCAUGCCGUCGUCCGCGACGCUUCGAGCCCGUACCUCAUGUGGCUUCAGCUCUGCAGAGCCAGUCGUUACGGACUCCACGAGCUCUACGCCCUGUUCACGCCCGCGACGACCGCGACCAUCGACGCGCCCGCGUCAGUCGACAACGUACAACGGGCGAUGAUCGACCCGUUCUUGGAUGCAGUGCUGCCACCGACAACGCGGUCCGAGUGGACGGCGGCGACGACGGCCGCCGUGGCCGAGUUUGCAGCCGAGACGCGCGCCAAGCUUGCCAUGGUGCUUCUCACGCACGCCGCUGCCAACACCGUUCCCGAUGCAACGACCUUUGAGCACGAAAACUGGGACGUUGCGACGUACGCACGCUUCCUAGCGGGACGCGUCGCCCGGCGACCGCCGCCACCUUUGACGCACUCGCCGAGAGAUGUUCCCGGGGCAGUCGCCGACGCCAGAACCGACGCACCCGAGGUACCGUUGCAUCCAGCAGGUACCGCCGACAACGUCGCCACACCAGUCGUCGACGUCGACGUCGAGCCCGAGAUCGAGGCGGCGCCCGUCGUGUCGGAGGCGCAUGAGCCCAUUGAUGUCCCUGAAGAGACAUCAACAUCAACGGGCAACACGCCUGCAUUCGAUCCCGUGCUGCCGCUUGAAGACGAGGUUGCGGAGCCCACAGUCAAGCCGUCGCUCGCUAUACCUGCACCGCCCAUCGCCCCCGCUACGCCCGAGCCCAUCGAGCUUCCGCACAUGACGGCGACGCCACUGGACGCGCCUGCCGUCACAGUGUUAGCUACAACGACCUCCAGGACUGCGUUCGUGCCGGUAUCGAACGCCUCGGCCACUUCUGUCGAAGCUGAGAUCGCGUUGCCGCCCGUCGCACCCGCUACGCCCGAGCCCAAGGAGUCCCCUUGCUUGACGGUGACGCCUUCGAGCGCGCCUGUGGUCAUUUUGACACCACCAACCGUCCCCAGUGCCCCUCUUCAGCGCAUACCUAGCGACAUGCCAGCGCUUACCGUCAGCACUGAGCGCUUCCCUGCAGCCCGUGAGCCAGCGGCAGAGGAGACCAUUGAUCUGUGCUCGCCGGCUUCCACGCCCGAGUAUGCAGCACCUCUCGACUCUGUCGAGGUCAAGACCGAGCUGCUGGCGCCGCCAGUGCCAAUCGUACCUGUCCGGGUCACCCACGUCCGGCGCCCGUCACUGUCACACGCCGUGACGGCCGCGCCACAACCAUCUCAACCAACGUCGUCGGAGCCCGUCGUCACCAAGAUUCAGGGGUUCAAGGUCACGCGCAUCAAGAUCACGAAGCCCAAGGCGUCGGUCGCAGGCAAGCGCCGGACUACGUUGACCGACGACGAGCCAAGCGCCAAGCGCCCCAUGGCUAUCAAGUCCGAGCCCAUCGUCAAGACCGAGGUCGCGCCCUAACCCUUCUCCCAAUGCUGUCAAUGCACCGUAAAACAUACGAAUAUCAAAUGCAAC